CUUCAUUUCUCUCUCUACAUGCCCCCAAAGGGACGAGCGGUAGAAAAUGGAUGGAUGGAUUUGUGUUAACCAUGAUUCAAUUCAGGCCCUGCGAUGAGGUGGCGACUUGUCCAGAGUGUACCCCGCCUGAGAUAGGCGCCAGCGCCCCCCCGCGACCCCAAAAAGGGAAUAAGCGGUAGAAAAUGGAUGGAUGGAUGAUUCAAUUAAGUCUCCUUAAAACUCAUUUGUAUACUCUAGCCUUUAAAUAGACUCCCUUUUUAGACCAGUUGAUCUGCCGUUUCUUUUCUUUUUCUUCUAUGUCCCACUCUCCCUUGUGGAGGGGGUCCGGUCCGAUCCGGUGGCCAUGUACUGCUUGCCUGUGUAUCGGCUGGGGACAUCUCUGCGCUGCUGAUCCGCCUCCGCUUGGGAUGGUUUCCUGCUGGCUCCGCUGUGAACGGGACUCUCGCUGCUGUGUUGGAUCCGCUUUGGACUGGACUCUCACGAAUCCUGCGUGGGGCCCCUGGCGAUGGCCGGCUUCGCCCGGGCGCGGGCCCUCGCCACCAAAUGGAACCACGAUCCCAGACUGGCUUCCAGGCCCUUCCAUCCCGAAAGAGAGGGCUUCGUGAUGGGCGAGGGAGCGGCCGUGGUCCUGCUGGAGGAGCGGGACCACGCCGUCAACAGGGGGGCCCGGAUCUACGCCGAGGUCUUGGGGUAUGGACUGUCGGGGGACGCCAGCCACAUUACCACACCCAGCGCCGACGGAGACGGGGCAUUUAGGCCCUGCGAUGAGGUGGCGACUUGUCCAGAGUGUACCCCGCCUUCCGCCCGAUUGUAGCUGAGAUAGGCGCCAGGGCCCCCCCACGACCCCAAAAAGGGAAUAAGCGGUAGAAAAUGGAUGGAUGGAUGAUUCAAUUAAGUCUCCUUAAAACUCAUUUGUAUACUUUAGCCUUUAAAUAGACUCCCUUUUUAGACCA